UCCGGGCUACUGUGAAGAGAGAGAGAGAGAGAGAGAGAGAGAGAGAGAGAGAGAGACGUAGCGUAUCAGAUUUCCUUCGUCAGUACUUCCGCCGGCUCUCUCUCUCUCUCUCUCUCUCUCUGUCCGGGUCACGUGUUGCCUCAUAUUACGCAACAGUGUAAAGAAGAACGGAAGAAAGGCGGAGGAGAGCAGAAAAAUGGGAAGAAAGGAAACUUAAGAAGGAAGGAAGAACGGUGCUAAAAAAAUACACGAAAGGGACGAAAGGGAGGAAGGAAAGGACUUAGAUAUCGCCUCUCCAUCAACAGAUAUUCACCUUGUCUCCAAUUACGAGAAGCAGGUAAAGGACUAGCGCGUUUCGAUGCGUCAGGUGCCGGGUAUCAGCGUGGAGGGGCUGGAGGAGGGCACGGCGCCCCCCCACCUCGACCCCCCCGCCACCCCCACCCCCCUCCACGCCGCUGUGUACGACUGGCACGAGGACGACGACGAUGACGACUACAUGUACGAACGAGGGGGAAAGAGGAGGCGACAGCGGCUAUUGGAAGUGGGCGGGGCUGGAAGCGGUGACGUCACAGAUUCUUCCUCCGUGAGCGAUGACGUCAGCGUGGGCGUGGGCGGUGGGCGGGGUGAGCGGCGGAGCUCGGGGCGGCGCAAGCGACCGUCCUCCUCCGCCCGUGAGAGGAACCUUCGCCGACUGGAAAGCAACGAAAGGGAAAGGAUGAGGAUGCACUCUCUCAAUGAUGCUUUCCAGGCGCUGCGAGAGGUGAUCCCCCACGUGAAGCGCGAGAGGAAGCUGUCCAAGAUCGAGACUCUCACACUAGCCAAGAACUACAUCAUGGCGCUCACCAACGUGGUCUGCGAGAUGCGCGGCGAGGACAAGCCCUACCAGCUCUUCCCUGACAAGACCUCGGGCUCGGACAGCAGCUCCUCCCCCGGCGGCACGACCUGUCUCCCCGACGACUCCCCUCCACCCCCCAGCGACCCCAACACCACCACUAACAACAACAACAACUCGGAUGCUCCCUGUACCAACACCCCCGCCGCCGCCGACUCCCCCGCCUCCGCCACGUCAGACGCAGACAACAAUAACAGCAUUCAUAAGGACAUCACGUUGUUUUGAGUGACGGCGCGGCACGAGCAAGGGUGUUGUGUUGGUGCCGCGGCGCCCUGACAUGCAUCACCAGAAUCACCAACAAACACACAAACAGGCGAGGUGAAGAGGGGGUGGAGGUGAGGGUGGUAAUGUUUUCGUUUGCGGUGUUGUUGCGUACGUCUCUCUCUCUCUCUCUCUCUCUCUCUCUCUCUCUCUCUCUCUCUCUCUCUCUCUCUCUCUCUCUCUCUCUCUCUCUUAUUUCACCUUCUGUCUAGUCCAAUUUGAUAUACGUGAAUCUAGUCAUGUUUAAUUAUCAGGUAAAGAUGAGAAAACUGAGUAAAUGCUGGAGCUGGAGUACUGCAUUAUUAUUAUUAUUAUUAUUAUUAUUAUUAUUAUUAUUAUUAUUAUUAUUAUUAUUAUUAUCAUCAUCCCCUAUGUCAUAAUUAUUGAGACAAGUUGAUCAUCGUUAAUUAAUGCCUUGCCACCAUUAGCAUCAUCACCCAUCAUUAUCACCAUCAUCAUCCAUCCUCCUAUCAUCACGGCUAUCAUUUAUUAUCCACAUAGCCAUCAACCAAGAUAUUUUUUUUUUUAACCAACAUCACAUCAUUCACAGUUUCGCCAUUAUUAUUGUCAUUAUUUCAACAUCACUCAUCAUCAUCACCACCACUGCCAUCACCGUCAUCACCUUGUCAUUAUAGUUACUGUCAUUAUCAUCAUUAUCACAGCUACCGUCAAAAUCAUCAUCAUAGCAUCUCAUCCUCAUCACCACAACCACCACCAUCCUCAUCAUUUUAUCACCAUACGUAGCAUCACUAUCACCACCACCGUCACAUCACAAUCAUCAUCAUCG